UAUUUCUUCCACAUCAGAUAUCGCUGUCCUCCCCUGCUUUACUCGGGAAACAAACAACCAAAACAAUCUCUCACAUCUUGGGCUCUACUCGUCCCUCAACGAAAGUUCAAUACUUUAGUGCAUGCAUCGAGAUUUCAUGUCCUCUCCCACCAAACCCAUCUCUCUAUUUCUUCACAAAGCUUAAUUCUUCACAGCUUUCUGAGCUUCUCUCUCUGUCUCUGCCUCUCUGAUUGCUCUGUUUGGCUAUGGGUGCUAGUUUCUCUGCUUGCAAAUCAGACCCAGUUGGGGCUUUGCCUUUGCAAUCAAACCCCAGUCUUGGCGAUUUGCCGGAGAGCUGCGCGGCGCUGAUUCUGGGUUAUUUGGACCCACCGGAGAUUUGCAAAUUGGCGAAGCUCAAUCGGGCUUUUCGUGGAGCUUCUUGGGCUGACUUCAUUUGGGAAUCGAAAUUGCCUUCCAAUUAUCAAACUAUUGUUAGAAAAGUGUUCGGUGAUGGUUUGGAAAAUUUGGGUAAGAGAGAUGUUUAUACGAGGCUUUGUCAGCCUAAUUCUUUCGAUGAUGGUACCAAGACAGUUUGGCUGGAUAAAAAUACAGGAUCUGUUUGCUUGUCGAUUUCUUCAAAGGGAUUAGCAAUCACUGGCAUUGAUGAUCGAAGAUAUUGGAAUCAUAUUCAAACUGAAGAAUCUAGAUUGCUGAUGAACGUCCAAGUAUUACGUCGAGUUUCCUUGCUGGAAUUUUCCCAAAUUUUGCAGCGUUGCGUAUCUUCAGCAAAUAUGGUGGUUUGAAGUCGAUGGGGAGGUUGAGUUCCCGUUUCCAGCAGGGACAUACAGCCUAUUCUUUAGGCUGCAGCUAGGACGGUCUUCGCAGAAGAGGUUUGGUCGCCGAAUUUGCAAUACCGAGCAUGUCCAUGGUUGGGACAUAAAACCAGUGAGGUUUCAGCUAUGGACUUCAGAAGGUCACUAUGCCUCGUCCCAAUGCUUUUUAACUGAACCUGGAAAAUGGAACUACUACCAUGUUGGGGAUUUUGUUGUGGAGAACCCCAAUGCAUCAACAAAGAUUAAACUCUCUAUGACCCAGAUUGAUUGCACCCACACCAAAGGUGGCCUCUGUUUAGACUCUGUACUUAUGUACCCUAGUGAAUUUCGAGAAAGGCUAAAGCAUUUUUAAUUUGCGCUUAACCUUUUCAGUUAGGUAGUUCUGUAUUAUAGAAUUAGGCCAUCUUCAGCAGAAAGCCAAUUUAGAUGUAGUGAAUGUCUCCUUGGGGUCAUGUGUGUGUAAGCAAAGAAACGUGUAAAUUCCUUCUCUCUUUGUUUGAUUCGUUUAAUUAGUGUCAGUGGAUUAAGAUUUUGUAUGUCUGUCUGUCUCCAUAGUCAGAGGGGCUUUCUGCCUUGUAUGGGAUUUUGAGAAAUUAAUGAUAGAUAUAUUUACAGUUGAACUUU